AUGACUCAUGUCUCUGUGCGCUGUGGAAAGAAGCAUAAGCUAGAAGAAGAGGCAGAAGGUUGUCCUGUGAGGAAGAAGAGACUGACAGGAGCCAAAACUUGCCCUUUGAAUCCCAAUACAGAAGAAUGGAUUCUCUGUGCAGGUCAGCAGGCUGCUGGGGAGGUAGCAAGUCAGUAUGGUGGCAGCAGUCCUGAAACUGCCGUGUUAGAAAUGCCCUGUGAAGAAAUGGAUGAGACAAUGGGGGAACAGCAAUGCGAGGUUGCUCGCAGGAAGCUUCAGGAAAUUGAGGACAGGAUAAUUGAUGAAGAUGAGGAAGUUCAUGCUGAUGGAAAUGUUAGCAAUCUGCCCACUCUUAUCCUGUCAGAUACCCUUAAAAAAGGGAUGAAGAGGGAUUUUGGUGAAGUCCUGACAAAGAAAAUAAUAGAAUCUAUGAGCCGUCCUUCUAUGGAGCUGGUGCUUUGGAAACCACUUCCUGAAUUUCUCACAGAUAAACUGAAGUCUGUUUCUGUUAAGAACUUGAAGCAACAGACUACAGAAAGUUGUCAAGCUAAGCAGUCAACACCAAGAGCUGCUUUUGACCCACAGACUGAAACAUUCCCUGAAUCAGAACAGACUGCCAUGUCUCCAGAUCCAUAUGCUAGUUUGGGAAUGUCUGGGUGUGCAGAAGAAGAAAUGGAGUUGUAGAUGCCAGAUCUUAGACUGGAAGUGGUGAGCUUCUGAUGGGUUUUUUUGCCUUUUCUUAUCCCCUCUUUUCUUUCUGGUUUUAUGUGUGAAUCUAAAGUUUUAUUAUUUGUUUUUGUUUUUUCUACUAACAAUCAUAAGAAGGUGGAUUGGCCAGAAAAGUUCAGGAAACUGAAAAAAAA